GCGUAUCUAUCUAUCCUAUUCGUCCCCACAUCGUUCCGACAAAGCCCAACUUUGCCAUUCAACCAAUACAUUGGUCCCUCUAUCGUUUCCCACGAGAUCACUUAGGACUGGCACGAUCAUGAGUUCGAAUGCGGAGAAGUUUUUGGAAGCGGCGGCGACGUUCCCCGCCGACGCCUUACCGUCCCACCGCACCUACGAACACCCUUUGGUGUCUCGAUACGCGACCAAGGAAAUGAGCUUUGUCUGGUCCCCCGCGAUGAAGUUCACCACCUGGCGGAAGCUCUGGACGGCACUCGCGACGGCCGAGCAAGAACUCGGUAUCGAUAUCACCGACGAGCAGUUGGAAGAAAUGCGGACCAACCUCUUCCGAGUCGAUUUCGAACUGGCCGCCCAAAAGGAGUCGGAAUUCCGGCACGACGUCAUGGGACACGUGCACGCCUUUGGUGCCGCUGCUCCCAAGGCCAUGCCCGUCAUUCACUUGGGAGCCACCUCCUGCUACGUCGGGGACAAUACCGACAUUGUCCAGAUCAGGGACGCCCUCAAGCUCGUACAGCGCAAACUAGUCAAGGUUCUCGCGACACUCAAAACGUUCGCGGAAAAGUACCGCGAUCUACCAACCCUCGGAUUUACGCACUACCAACCGGCGCAGUUGACGACUGUGGGCAAGCGCUGCACUUUGUGGAUGCAGGAUCUGCUGUUGGAUAUGGAACGCAUCGAUACGGAGUUGGAGAAGUUGCCGAUGCGUGGCGUCAAGGGUACCACCGGGACGCAGGCUUCCUUUUUGGAACUCUUCGACGGCGAUCACGACAAGGUCAAGGCGUUGAACAAACGCGUGUGUGAGCUCAUGGGAUUCAACAAGGUGAUCCCUGUUUCGGGACAAACGUAUACCCGCAAGAUUGAAUUCUAUAUUAUAUCGGUCCUCUCUGGCAUUGCGCAAUCGGCGUACAAGAUGUGCGGUGAUAUUCGUCUACUAGCCAACCUCAAGGAAGUGGAGGAACCCUUCGCCAAGACGCAAAUCGGUUCCUCCGCUAUGGCCUACAAGCGCAACCCCAUGCGCUGCGAACGCGUUUGCUCCAUUGCCCGGUACGUGAUGGGACUACCGGAUGGUGCGGCCCAUACGCACGCGGCUCAGUGGUUCGAACGCACCCUGGAUGAUUCGGCGAUUCGGAGAAUUAUUCUACCGGAAGCUUUCUUGGGAACCGACGUUAUUCUGAGUUUGUUGGAAAACAUCAGCGACGGUUUGCACGUGUGGCCCGAAGUAGUCAAAGCGCACGUUAUGGCGGAGUUGCCGUUUAUGGCCACGGAAAACAUCAUGAUGGAAUGUGUCAAGGCUGGCGGCGAUCGUCAAGAAUUGCACGAAGUUAUUCGUGUGCACUCCAUGGACGCUGGUGCGGUCGUCAAAGGCGAAGGUAAACCGAAUGAUUUGAUGCAACGCAUCAAAAACGAUCCAUUGUUUGCACCCGUCCACAGCAAGUUGGACGAGAUGAUCGACCCGCGCAAAUUCUGUGGUCGUGCGCCGGAACAAGUGGACGAGUUCAUGGCCGAAGAAGUGAAUCCUGUUCUGGAGCAGCAUAAGGAUCUUCUGAAGAUUGCGAGUGUGGAUGGAGUGAAUGUUUAA